GCGCCAAUUUAAAUGUCAGUAGUCAAGUAACAACAACAAGGCCGAAAAAAAAACAAAACUUUAAGUUAGCUGCAAUCGGUUAAUAAAUUAGCGGUGUUUUACAUGUGUUUUACAGUAUUCAUUAAAAUAAAAUAUAUGAUAAUAUAGUAAAAACAUCACAAUGGCAAUGCGUGACUAUGACGCUGAUAAAGAAAGCUUUAAAAAUUUCUUCAUUGAUUUCUGUCAGACCGAUGAUGAAGGCCACAAAUUCUUCAAAUAUUCUGAGCAGCUCAGUAAAGUUGCACAUAGGGAACAGGUAUCAUUUGUUGUUGAGCUGGAUGAUCUGAAUGAGAUGAAUGAAGAGCUGGCCGGGGCAGUGAUGCAGAACACAAGGCGCUACACUAACAUGGUGUCAGAUGUUGUGUAUGAUAUGCUCCCGGACUAUAAACACAGAGAGGUUGCAGCUAAAGAUACGCUGGAUGUUUACAUUGAGCACAGAAUCAUGUUGGAGGCAAGGAACCACAGGAUUCCUGGAGAGAUGAGAGACCCCAGAAACAGAUAUCCUCCUGAACUUAUAAGGAGAUUUGAAGUGUACUUCAAAGACAUGUCAACAUCCAAAUCAGUGCCAAUAAGAGAGGUAAAAGCAGAACACAUUGGCAAACUAGUGACAGUGAGAGGCAUAGUGACUCGCUGCACUGACGUCAAACCCCUGCUAGUAGUGGCUACAUACUCCUGCAGUGCAUGCGGAGCUGAGACAUAUCAGCCAGUUCGCGGGUUGCAGUUCACUCCACCGCCCGCGUGUACGGCGGACGAGUGUAGGCUGAACAAGACUGCUGGACAGCUGCACUUACAGACCAGAGGAUCUAGGUUCCAGAAGUUCCAGGAGUUGAAGAUACAGGAGCAUUCCGAUCAAGUGCCAGUUGGCCACAUCCCGCGACAACUGUCGGUAUACUGUCGCGGCGACACCACCCGGCGAGCUCAGCCCGGCGACCACGUGGCCAUCACCGGGGUGUUCCUGCCGCUGCUCAAUACUGGCUUCAGGCAGAUGCUGCAGGGCCUACUCUCUGACACAUAUCUAGAAGCUCACUGUGUAACAUGCUUGAAUCAAAGUGACGAAGGCGAGAUGGCCGAGCCUCUGACGGAAGAAGAGUUAGCGGAGUUGGCAGAAGACGACCUUUACUCGAGGAUGGCGCGCAGUCUCGCCCCGGAGAUCUUUGGUCAUGAAGAUGUUAAGAAGGCACUCUUACUGCUUUUAGUUGGAGGCGUUGAUAAGCGCCCGAACGGUAUGAAGAUACGUGGAAACAUCAACAUCUGUCUGAUGGGCGAUCCAGGAGUGGCCAAGUCCCAGCUGCUCAAUUACAUCGACCGGCUGGCUCCACGCAGCCAGUACACUACUGGAAGAGGAUCUUCUGGAGUGGGCUUGACUGCAGCAGUUCUGAAGGAUCCGUUCACUGGUGAGAUGAUGCUGGAGGGUGGGGCGUUAGUGUUAGCGGAUCAGGGCGUGUGUUGCAUCGACGAGUUCGACAAGAUGGCGCAGAACGACCGCACCGCCAUACACGAGGUCAUGGAGCAACAGACUAUCAGCAUUGCUAAGGCGGGUAUAAUGACGUGCCUCAACGCUCGCGUGUCGAUCCUUGCGGCCGCAAACCCUGCGUACGGUCGCUACAACCCUAAGCGCACUAUUGAACAAAACAUUCAGCUGCCAGCCGCCUUGCUGUCUCGGUUCGACCUCCUGUGGCUGAUACAGGACAAACCCAACAGGGACAAGGAUCUUGAACUUGCCAAGCAUAUAGCCUACGUACACCAGCACUCUAUGCAGCCGCCGGGACAGACGCGCGCUCUGCCCAUGAGGCUAGUGCGACGAUACUUGGGCCUCACGCAUCGCAAACACCCCACCGUGCCUAGAAACCUCACUGAAUAUAUUGUGUCAUCGUACGUGGAGUUGAGGCGGGAGGCUCGGAACGCCCGUGACGUCACGUUCACGUCGGCGCGGAACCUGCUCGCUAUUCUCCGCCUGUCUACAGCACUGGCGCGACUGAGAUUGUCAGAUGUGGUGGAGAAGGAAGAUAUAUCGGAGGCUAUCCGCCUUGUGGAAAUGUCCAAACAAUCAUUGCAACACGUAGAGGAAAAUACUCAAAGGGGCAUAAGUGCGACGGACCGUAUUUUCGCGAUAGUGCGCGAAUUGGCGGGAACCAGUAACACUGUGAAGAUUGCCGACGUCAUCGAACGUUGUGUCGACAAGGGCUUCAAACCUGACCAGGUGGAUGCUUGCAUUGAAGAAUACGAGAAUCUCAACGUGUGGCAAGUGAACCAAGUGCGGACCAAGAUCACUUUCAUGUAAUGUGCGUUUAGGUUUGGUUUAGUUUAGUUAUUGGAUUUGAAUUUUGGAUUUGGUUUUAAGGAUUAUUACUGUACCUACUUUGUUACUCUGUAUGUUCGUUGAAUGACUUUUGUAAUGAUUCUAUUCUAUUGUGUGAUGAAUAAAGAUAAUAAUUUUUCGAGC